GCUAAGCCGGCUAGCGGCCACGCUGAUUGGCGACGGUCCAAGCCUGAGGUCCACCCACCUGAGGUCCAAGAGGGCAGCUCAUUCAGCAGUGUCAGCACGCCGCCAUCCCUUACCCACUCAGUCAGUGGAGCUCGUCCCUGCAGCCCCGCUGACUGCGCCUUCCACGGUCUGUCGUCGUUUUGUCGGCACCCAGCCACCGCAGCGGAGCCAACCUGAGCGCUCACCUGAAGCGAGUGCUGGGGUCGCUGCGCUCGCAUCCCUACGGCCGCCCGCCCCACAGCAGCCCCGCCCACCUCCCCGAGACGGGCAGUGAGCCCUCCAGCGGCCAGCCUGCCGGUGCCGGUGGCAACAUGGUCUCGGCAGGCGACUUCGUGCCCACGGCGUCGCGGGACAAGACGGCGGCUGCUGGGAGUAGUGGGUCUGACCGGCAGGGGAACACCCGUAAGGACACGGUGAGCAAGACGUUGGAGCUGUUGGAGUGUUCGGUGUGCUGCGAGUCGAUGAUCCCGCCCAUCUACCAGUGUAAGGAGGGCCACACCAUCUGCCAGGACUGCCGCCUUCGGGUCAAGCAGUGCCCGGUCUGCCGGAGCGAGACGCUAGACAUCCGCUGCAGGGCACUCGAGAGGCUCGCCGAAUCGCUAGAUGAGGUACGGCGGUACGGUGGUGCCGAGAACGGCACAGCACACACACACACACACACACAUGCAUUCCCUUCACGGCCGGUGUGUGUGUGUGAAUUGGUGUGUUGAUGUGUGUGUGUGUGUGUGUGUGUCAUCAGAUCAAUUGCAAGUACUCGUGUUACGGUUGCCGCGUGACGGUCAAGUAUGCGACGAAGAAGGACCACGAGCAGAAGUGCGCCUUCCGCCCCUUCCCCUGCCUGCACGUCUGCCAGGGCUGCUCCUUCGAGGGCAGCUCCAACGAGCUCGUGCGGCACCUGGUCGAGGAACACGGCUACACCCAGCACGAGACCCAUCGCAUCAGCUUCAUUUGCAGCAAAGCCAACGUCACCGUCCACCCGGGCAGCGCUGGUACAGUGAGUGGACACAAGUGGGGCGGAUACCAGGGCAGGGAUGGAUCAGAGUGUGUGUUGUGUUGUGUUGUGUAUUUGCGGUGUGUUUAGGUGAGGAGGCGGAGCACUACGUGUGGCAGAAGAGCAUCUACUCGUGCUACGACAAGCACUUCGUGCUGCGCAUCCACCGCAAGGUCGACGUCGACCCCCAAUUCUACAUCAGCGUCGCCGUACUCCACUCCAGACACCACUCCAACCGAUACUCCAUCGCCACCUCGGGCAACCACCGCAAAUACACAUUCGAAGGUCAGUCAGGUCGCUAGUGGUGGACCCACCCCCACACACACACACACGCGUGGAUUGUGUAAUGUGUGUGUGGUUGUGUUGUUUCUGUCUGUGUGUGUGUGUGUCAGGCCCGGUGUGGUCGAUUCGCAAGGGUUUCAAGGAGAUCGAGCGUGUGCGCGACUGCCUGAUCCUGCCUGAGAACAUCGCCCUGUUCCUGUCGGGCGGCAAGGGCUCCGAGAACGACCUCGGCAUCAUCAACCUCAACGUCACGGGAGAGAUACUCCCACAGUGACUGACACGCCGACAGACAGACCCACCGACAGACCCCCAC